AAUAGACUGAAGUAUUAAUUUUUUUUUUCUUUUCAUCUUGUUUUUAAUUAAAUUUCUAAUCGAAUCUAUUAAUCUAAUUUGCAGAAAACAAAAUGUGCCAUAAAAAGACAAAUUAUGAAUAUAAAAAUGAAGACAGUGCUGAAGAUUAUUCUUUCUUCUAUAAUGGGUCCACUGAUCUUCUACGGCAUACUUUUUAUAUAUCUGCGUUAUCAAACGAACUUGAGACAUUUAUUUGAGAGGCCGAUGAUAAUAAACGAGACUCGACCAAAGUUCUGGAUCUAUGCUAAGAGCAACGAUACCGGUUACCUGAAACAUGUGUAUACGGUGCUCCAACGACUCGGCUUCCAAAAGAGCAACAACGAGUCUGAUUGGGAUCUAUUGUGGGCCCACGAUUAUCCAUUUCGUGUGUUGUCCGAAAGUUUGAAAAAACUGCUACAGCAUCAGCGGAUCAAUCAUUUCCCUGGUUGCGGUUACAUCACGAAUAAGGUGGAUCUGUCGACAUCGCGUGGACAAUACAUUCCGAUGGCAUUCAAGAUGCCAGAGGAUCAGCAAGCUUUUCUCGAUUACGCCAGAUCGAAUCCCACGAAGCGAUUCGUACAGAAAUUGAACGAUCACCGGGGCAUUCGCAUUCGCGGUAGCAGCGACGUGAAUUUCACUGCCGAUACAUUCAUUCAAGAGUUCAUCGAGCAACCAUUCCUCGUGGAUGGUUACAAAUUCGAUAUUGGCGUGUACACCGUCAUCACGUCUGUGGAUCCGCUGCGAGUGUAUGUUUAUAAAGGCGAUGUGCUAUUCCGCUUCUGUCCGGUCAAGUAUUAUCCAUUUGACCCGGAGAUUCUGGACAAAUAUGUGGUUGGUGAUGACUACUUGCCGAUUUGGAAUGUCCCAUCCUUAAAGAAAUACUAUACUGAACUCGGGUUCUCGAUGAAGGACUCAUUUGACGCAUACGUCAGGGAGCGAGGAAAAGAUCCGAUGAAAACGUGGGAUCGGGUGUACGACGCUAUCCGGGAAGUCGCUCUGAUGAAGGAAAUGCAGAUCAGAGAAGUCUCCAAGCGCUUCGGCAAUGGUAGGAACUUUUUUGAACUUGUGAGAUUCGAUCUGGCCUUAGACGAAGAUCUCAAUGUCUAUAUGAUGGAAGGAAACAUGUCGCCGAAUCUGUCUUCUGCUCAUUAUCCCCCGAAUCAGUUGCUCUACGAGCAAGUUAUAUUUAAUACAUUUGCAUUGGUCGGUAUUGCCAAGAGGAUCAGAAAAGAAUCCUUGAGAAUGAGAAAUAAAGCAGAGGAAGAAAUGGAGAUAGCAAACAAGAAUAUCGUAGUACUUCCGGAACUUUGUAAAAAAUGCCAUAAUGAUUGCUUUCGCAUAGAAUGUCAAUUGUGCAGACCAUGUUUCACGUCGGAAACGAAGGUUAUUUUGAUGCAGAGUUAUCUUGAGCACCAGAAUCGGAUGGACUUUCAAAGAAUUUUCCCGCCUUCGAUAGUAAGUCAUGUUUUUUCAUCUAAUUGUUUGGAUUCUAAUCAAAUCUAUUUUUUUACAGACGAAAGAUAUAAUGCUGAAGAACUACACACUGAGAAAUCAAUUACUUAUUAGAUGGUAUCAAGGAAAAUGCGAAUUAGACAAGACAUGGUGUAAUUGACUGAUGAUGAAUUAAAAAGUAUAUUGUGAGUC